CAUGUUAGGGAAAAAUUUCCUGACCCGCGUCUCAGCAACGAUGUUAUAAGCCGUCUAGGGAAGAUGAUUACCCGAUGUCGGAAACGGCUUCUGAACUUGGCAAGACACCAAACCAAUCUCCCAAUGAAUUUUAAUGAUACGAGAGUAUCUCUCGCUCAAAAAGCAUCCACAACGCCCAUGUCGGAACCUAAAAGUGAAGAAAAUACGUCGAAGAGCAAGGCUACUACAUUUGAAAUGAAGGGCCUGCCACUAAAUAUGAAAGACUUACCGGCAUCUUCCAUUAUCCCUUCAGACCGUGCAAGCUCUACCGCGGCCAGCGAAGCCAUCCACAUUGACGCCCAAUCAUCUUCAAAGAGUUUCAAGUAUAUCAUCUUAUCCGAAGAAGUGGCUGAAAAUAGAAUAAAAGGCUCCAGCAAAUACAAUAUCGGAUGGAUCUGCGCCACCAGUACUAAAUACGUCGCCGCAAAAGGCCUUCUCGACAAAGAGCAUGAAAGCCUGGAAUAUGGAUCUGCCGACGAUAACAACUUUGACACACUGGGGGAGAUGGAAAAGCACAAAGUGGUGAUCCCUCGGCUGCCGAAGUGGGAGUAUGAGUUUGCGGCUGCAGCCAGUGUCGCACGAGAUAUGGCACGCACCUUUCCCCAUGUCCAAAUUGGCCUGAUGGUUGGUAUUGGUGGUGGUGCACCUAGUAAAAAGCAUGAUAUCCGUAUCUCACCAACAGCAAGUGGUGGUCUUCACAACCAUGUACUGGUGAAGAACAAGUGGGUGGCUCGAAAUGAUACAAAUGUCAUUUGGCUCACUGCUGAGUAUCGAGCGAGUUACUCCGCCGUCUCCUGGGGCAUGCUUAUUUUAGGUCAACUUACUUUCUUGAAAUUGACCUGAAUGUUUCUUUGUGGCCACUAGCUAAAAUUUUCAAAUCAUCUUUCUAAAAAGGAGCAUCUGGGAGGCUUCGGUUCAUAUAUGAUAAGUAAGUUGCCACCAGGGCUUUCCUGCUGCCUUCCCAUUUGUUGUAGUUUGUUAGCGUGAUAUAUUCAGUACAAAAUGCGAAAACUCUAAGUUCC